UUAAAGAGUUCAUCAAUGGAAGAAGACACCAUAGUUCUUUACAGUUCGACGGAGCACUUGAAUUCCCUAUCAGCUCUCGCCGUCUCAAUCGCCAACCACCGCCCCUCCAUCUCCGUCGUCUUGAUCGGCACCGCCGCAUCAGCUCCCAUCGCCGCCGCUCCUUCCAUCACCUACCGCCGCCUCCCCACCCCCGCUGAUCUCCCAUCACCAAUCUCCCACCCCGUCGAACUCUGCUUCGAAGUCCCCCGUCUCAACAACCAGAACCUCCGAGAAACCCUAGAUGAAAUCUCCCAGAAGUCAAACAUCAAAGCAAUCGUCAUCGAUUUUUUCUGCAACUCUUCAUUCGAGGUGUGCACGAGCUUGAAUAUACCCACUUACUUCUGCAACACCACCAGCGCAUUCGGCCUAUGCGCUAUAUUUUACUGGCAGACGAUUCACGAGACAACUCCCGCCGGCGAUUUCGAGGGUUUUAUUGAAGUCCCGGGGUGCCCGCGGAUCCACUCGUCGGAUAUCCCCAAGUCGAUGUUCUAUCGGCAGAGUAAUUCUUACAAACACUUUGUGAGCACCUCCAUGAACAUGCGCAGAUCGGCUGGGAUCGUCGUCAACAGUUACCACGCGCUCGAGUUCAGAGCUUUUGAAGCAAUGGCGAACGGUUUGUGCAAUCCAGGUGGGACAACCCCGCCUGUUUAUUCACUCGGACCUUUCGUCGCUGGAAAAAACAACGCAGAGAGUGAGUGCUUGCGGUGGCUGGAUUCACAGCCGAUUAAAAGCGUCGUGUUCCUCUGUUUUGGAAGAAGGGGGGUUUUCUCGGGAAAACAAUUGAAAGAAAUGGCGCUUGGUUUGGAAAAUAGCGGUUAUAGAUUUCUCUGGGCAGUGCGUAUUCCGCCGGGAUCGGCGGCGCGUGAAGAGACGGACUUGGAGGCGUUGCUGCCGGAGGGUUUCAUGGAGAGAACUAAAGAUAGGGGAAUGGUUUUGAAGAGUUACGCGCCGCAGAUGGAGGUGCUGAGUCACGAAUCGGUGGGGGGUUUCGUGACUCACUGCGGUCAGUGUUCGCUUCUGGAAGCGGUGUCGUUUGGGGUUCCGAUGAUUGGUUGGCCGCUGUACGCGGAGCAGAGGAUGAAUCGGGUUUUCAUGGUGGAGGAGAUGAAGGUGGCGCUGCCGCUGGAGGAGGAGACGGAGGACGGGUUCGUGACGGCGGCUGAGGUGGAGAAGAGAGUGAGGGAGCUGAUGGACUCGGACACCGGGAGAGAGGUGAGACGCCGAGUGACGGAGUUGAAACACUCCGCUGCCGCCGCGGUGGCAAGGGGUGGAUCCACGAUGGUGGCUAUGGAGAAGUUUAUGGAGGCUGUGAUUCGAGGUUAA